AAGUUCAGGCGAAAAUUCGUGCUUCGGUGCAAAGCUCCAUCGUUGCGCAGGCCAUGGCCAAAGGAGUACCGCACGCCAACGGAAAAUGCCAUCAUUGUGAUGGGCCCGCACGGCGCCUGCGACGUUGGCGCGAUGUUUGCGACAUCCUACAUGCAAGACCUCGCCAAGCUGACUACGGCGCAAUGCACUGCUCGCUGGCCGGCAUCUGAGUCGCGCGUCUCCAUGGCGCGCUCUCGGGGGCUCACGAGCUCGGAUCCUCGUAGCGACGAGGCCGCUGCUCGACUCCUCGACGCGCUCCACAUCACCCCGGGCACCCUCCGGCUAGAAGUCGGCGCAGCCGUCAAGCUCGUGGGCCUCUCGGACCGUCCCGAGCUCAACGGGAGGCUCGCAAAGAUCACGCACGUGUUCGGCUCCGAUCGCCGGUCGAAGAUCGGCAUCUUAGUUCCCAACGUGAAGGACGAGCUGUUUAACGACGACGUGAAAGGCGAAACGACGAGAGUGCGCGUGGCCAAUGUUGCCGCCAUCGAGGAAGAAGACAUCCGCCCUUCGCAUCUGUGCGUGGUCUGCGGGGAGGAGGCCCACCAGAGAUGCGAGUGCAAGCUGCCUGGGACCUGGGUCUGCUCGAAGCAGUGCCAGAAAGCGAGCUGGAAGAACCACAAGAACGUCUGUCCGCUCCGCCGCCCGCGGUCUGGGAGCGCCAAGUGAAAAAGUAUGGGGUCCGAGGAGUCGAGUGCUGACCCGCCUCUCGGCGGCGGCGGCGAGAUGAAAGUCGAAUUUACUACUGUACUGU